AUGGCUGCCAAUCCCCAGCCCGGGGAAUCCCCAGCAAAGCCGUACAAGAUCAGCACUUUGUGGCUGACUCUAGCCGGGCUCGACCUUCCAAAUUAUCGUCUCAAGUCCACCCAAGACAUGGCAGGCCUUUUUCUGAAGGCAGACUCCCCCAUCGAGUUUCUCGACGCCUUUCUCCCCUACCCCUCCACAGCUCCAAAGCGCAAGCCUCGGAAGAGGAACCCCUUCGAGAGUCUUGUCAAUGCGGACAACGAACUUGAAACAGACGUGGUUGCACAAUUCCAAAAGGUCGUGGCUUUGAAGAAGCUCUGUCCGAAGAUGGUAUUUACGACCAGCGAGAGGCGCCCCGAUCCUAAGAACAUGGAUGUGACAGGACAGAAGGUCGACGCUGCCUUCUUCCGUUCACAGGGUGCACCGACAGACGGACGCCCCCACUGGUCGUCUCAGGUAGUGCCCGCGGAAUUCAAGAGCAGGAAGAAGGGUGACACUUACGAUCCAUUCGAUGACAAGGGUAUCGACUUCGAAUCCCAGGCGGAGAAGCGCAAGGACGUACGCGCUCAGGUCAUCACCUACUCCGAGCUGAUCUUCCAGCACCAGCAUCGCGUCUUUAUCAUCAUGCUUCUGGUCAUGGGACGUCGCUACCGUCUUCUGCGCUGGGAUCGGGCUGGCACGGUCGUCACCCCGUCUGUCGACUAUUACAAGAAUCCUGACGAUCUCUGCGAAUUCCUGUGGCGCAUCUCCCAUCUGGACGAUGAAGCGCUUGGGAUCGAUCCUACGGCCAUUCGUCUCGAGGGAGACGACUUCGACGAGUUGGACACCAUCGCCCAGCGCGUUGUCAACGAGGUGGAUGAGACGCCUCGCAUCCUCGAGGGAGAGACGUUUCCCGAGUCGUUCCACUACAAGUACGUCCGGAAGAUGUUUGAGGAGUCGAUUCGGGACAAGGACCGGCCGCGAUAUAAGCUCCAAAUCCCUUCAGGCGACGGGGUGGAUCACUUCCUCGUUGGAAAGGCCGCAGUGGUCACACCCGGCAUGGCUGGCCGUGGCACGCAGUGCUGGGUGGCGUGGCACUGUGAAGGGGCUCGUUUCGUCUGGCUGAAGGACUCGUGGCGCGUGUCGUUCGAGGACAUUGAGAAGGAGGGCGACAUCAUUGCCCGUCUCAACCACGCGAAGAUACCAGGGGUACCCACACUUGUCUGCCACGGCGACAUCGGCAAUCAGACCACUCUCACCGCCGACUGGUGGAAGCACAAGAAUCCUCGACCUCCUGGGGAAAGCGAAAACGCAAUGACGAGCCUGAAGAGCCCUGCACUCCUCAGUCCUCAGCUGCCGCACAUUCGCCACUUCGUAGAGCCCCUCGACGAUCAUGCAGAAGACCCGACAGCACGAAGAUUCUCCUCUCCCGGUCCUGUCGUAUACUCCCAAGGCUGCCAUCUACGGCAUCACAACCACUACCGAGUUGCCGUCGCAGAGGUGGGUAUACCGCUCAGCCGCUUCCGGCACGGACGUCAGCUCGGAAUAGUUAUAUUGGACUGCCUUGCCGCCCACUCUGGUGCCGCCACUAGCAAGAGAUUGAAAGUUCGCAUCUUGCACCGAGAUAUAAGCGAUAAGAACAUCGUCAUCUACCCCAAGAUCACCCUAUCCUCUCAGGGUGUGCGCUCUUUGGUAUGGGGCGGCCUCCUUACAGAUUGGGAAAUAUCGAAGCCUAUCCUCGAGCCCAACAUCCAACCAAAGGCCCGCCAACCAGAGCGCACGGGCCGGUGGCAGUUCAUGUCUGCGUAUCUCCUAAUGAACAUUUCACGGCGAGUAACGAUAGAGGAUGAGCUUGAAUCAUUCUUCCACAUCGUCGUGUACUACGCAGUGCGUUAUCUCAAGUCAACCAUCACCGCGGACGACGAGGCUGCUCAUUUCCUGGAGCAAUGCUACGACUGUUUCUGUGUUCACGGGGAGACAAUAAUCUGCGGUACUCGGAAGUGGUCGAUGGUCACCCAAAAGGACACAGAAUCCGUUCUCUUCGACCAUCCCUUGUACGGUGGGACUCGACCCAUCAAGUUCGCCAGCAAGGGUUUGAACCGUUUCAUCAAGACAAUCUUUGCCUGCAUUUCGGCGCGUUACAAGAUUCUUGUGUGGAGGCAAUGGCUUGAGAGGCAUCCGAACCAUCCCGCACACCCUGCACGUGGCGACCGCUUCCAGACUCCACCACCUUCCAAGCGCAGGCGCAUCGAGGGCGGCAGCGGUGCAUCACACGCCAGUAGCGGGGAUGAAGGCGAAGAGUACGAUGACUCGAAUACCGGAGAGCUAAUACCCGACAUUCCGACCGCGAUCGAUUAUGAGCUCGCUAAGAAGAUUGCUAGCCACUCGUACAUGAUCUCGGAAUUGAGUCAUGCUAUUUCUAGAGAACGGGACUGGAGAGGAGAUGACAAGGUCCCCGACCGCGUCUCGAAGGACUAUCAAUGUCGCUACCCACUCCUUGAGGCCCUUCCCAAGCCCAAGACCACGCCCCACGAGCUCGAAUGGGACACGGACGACUCAGAGCUUCCCCCACUCGAGGACUCGCGGGACGAAGGCAAGUCCGAGAUCGAUCUGCUAGACUCGGAUAGCGACAAAGAGGUGGCGGAGGACGUUCUCGAUCAAAAUUCCUCAGAGGCCCCGGCCGAAGCAUCGGUGGCCGCUUCUUCGAGGGGGAGAGGGACGAAGAUGUAA